AUGAAGGUGAAAAUCAGACAUAUCGGAUCGAAAUUAGCACUUUCGAAGACCCUAGUUCCACCUUCACCUAAACUAUCCAAUGGGCUGCUCUAUUGUGUAUGUAUAGGGUUGACUGGACUAUUCUGCCCCUGCGUGCUGUUCGGGCGCAAUGUGGCAGCGUUCAACGACGAGAUAACUCCGGAGAGGGCGUGUGUGGGGCACGCGAUAUGCAUUGAAGGUGGGAUAGCAUUGGCGGUAACUACAGCAGCGUGCAGCGGAGUGAUUGAUCCGGAUACCGUUUGCCUUUUAACGGAGGGUUUGCUGUUUGCUUGGUGGGUUUGUGCUAUCUACACCGGCAUGGGCCGUCAGUUGCUCCAACGUAAAUAUCAUCUUAAGGAUGCACCAUGUGAUCCAUGCUUGGUGCACUGCUGCCUGCACUGGUGCGCAAUAUGCCAAGAGCACCGAGAAAUGCGGAACCAUCUCUCGGAGGGCGCCACGUCAUCCGAGGACACAAUCGUAAAUCCACCACAACUUCAGGAGAUGAUGAAUGUCAACGCCGAUGACCAUAAACGUAGUAAUGACAAUCACGACCAUGCCGCGUCGUCGUCUUCUGUCGGCGAAGGCUCCGGCGCCGGUCAAAAUAACCUACAGCUGCAGCUGCAGCCAUUGUGA